UAAAGAUGUGUAUUACCUUAAUUAUGAAUAUAGGAUUUCACCUGCUGAGGGUUUUAAAGCAAUAUUAUGACUUUGAGUUAGGUACUUCUGUUGCAAAAAGGACUAUUUUUAGUGAAAAGUCAUUGGUUUGAACCAAAAGAGAUGCACAUAGGAGUGACAAAUUUUUGAGGGCCCAGUGGGUGACCAGAGAUGCUAAUAUCUUCAAAUAUGUAUGAUGAGAAGUUUGUUCAUCCAUGGAUGGGAAUUGUUGCGAAUAUUCCAACAAUUGUGCAUGAUGGAAAACAUGUAGCAGAUAGUGGAAAGAAACUGAAGGAGGAUUUGGCGGAAAAAGGAUUUAACCCUUUGAAGGUUCAUCCUCUUUGGAACGGAAAACAUGGUCAUUCGGGAUUUGCCAUAGUAGAGUUCAACAAAGAGUGGGAUGGCUUUAAUAACGCCAUCAUGUUUGAGAAGAGUUUUGAUUUGGGUCACUAUGGAAAGAGGGAUUACUAUUCGUCCAGGAGGAGGAAAGACAAAUUGUAUGCAUGGGUUGCUCGUGAAGACGACUUCUAUUCAGAAGGACUGAUAGGCAAAUAUCUUCGUAGGAAGGGAGACCUGAAGACAGUUUCAAGCAAAGAAGCCGAAGAUAAAAGGAAGACAUCGAAGCUGGUGAAAACUCUAACCAAUACAUUGGAAACAAAGAACCUACGCCUUCAGGAAAUGCAGAACAAAUAUAAUGAGGCAACUAGCUCCAGGAGUACAUUGAUUCAGCAGAGGGAGGACAUGAUCAAAGCUUAUAAUGAAGAAUCCAAAAGGAUGCAGCAGAAUGCUCAUGACCAUUUCAAGAAAAUUUUCUUAGAGCAUGAGAGGAUUGCGCAGCAUUUUCAAUAUCAGCAAAGAGAACUAGAGCAGCGUGAGAAGGAAUUGUUCCAACGGGAGGCUCAAAAUGAGGCCGAGACAAAAAAAAUUCAGCACGAAAAGAUGAUGAAUGAGAGGGCAGCCUUGGAACAAAAGAAGGUAGAUGAAACUGUAUUAAAACUAGCUGAAGAGCAGAAGAGAGAAAAGGAGAAACUUCACAGACAAAUCAUUGAGCUAGAAAAACAACUUGAUGCUAAACAAACUCUGGAGCUGGCGAUACAGCGUAUGAAAGGGGCUCUACAAGUUAUGCAGCACAUGAAAGGGGAUGGAGAUGCAGAAAUGAACAAAAAGAUGAAGUCUAUUGAAGAGGAACUGAAAGAGAAGGAAGAAGAACUAGAAGACUUGGAGGAUCUUAAUCAAGCUCUUAUCAUCAAGGAGCGCAAAAGUAAUGAUGAAUUACAGGAUGCCCGAAAGGAGCUGAUCACUGCUUUCAGAGAUGUUUCCGCCCGGUCUCAAAUUGGUGUGAAGAAAAUGGGAGAGCUGGAUAUUAAACCAUUCCAGACGGCAGCCAAGAGAAAAUACUCAGCAAGAGAAGCUGAUGAGAAAUCAGCAGAGCUAUGUUCACUGUGGCAGGAGUACCUUAGAGAUCCUAGCUGGCAUCCUUUUAAAAUAAUCACAGACAAACAAGGAAAUUCCAAGGAAAUUCUUGACGAGGAAGACAAAAAAUUGAUUGAGGUUAAGGCGGAGUUUGGCGAUGAAGUAUACGGUGCUGUGACGGUGGCGUUGAAACAGAUGAAUGAUUAUAAUCCAAGUGGCAGAUACAUAAUACCAGAACUCUGGAACUUCAAUCAAGGGAGGAAGGCGACGUUAACAGAGGGAGUGCAGCAUUUACUGCAAAAAUGGAAACAACUAAAGCGAAAGAGGCACUAAAUUUCCUUCAUAAUUUCAUAUACUGAAGGAGCUCUCAAGGAAUAUAUAUACCAAGAGAGGCUGUCGGUUUUUCUAAGGUGGCUUGCCUUUAUGUGCGGA